GCGACAGGCAGAGAGAAAGGGACAUAACCACACGUGCGUGGGGAGCAGGACCCCGAAGGUUUAACGGCCGCAGACGAACACGCCGGAGAAGGAGGGUUUGAGGCGCCGGCUAAACAUCACAUGGCAAAUGGAAGGAGAAACUCCCGCCGCCGGGCAACGUGCAGCUGGCGAAGGGCGGUAGCGGUAACGGCGGCCGGCGUCCUGGCGCUCGGACGAAGGGGUGCAGUCGCAGAUGUGUGCGUCCUCUCCUCCGGGAAGACGGACGUGACGAUCGGCGAAGAGACCUCGGUGUGCCUGGUGGUGAACGGCCUGGGCUGGGAGGUGGACGCGGACCUGACGUUCUACUCCCAAGUCCUCAUCCUUCCGGACGCGGACGAGUUCAGCCGUUUCAGCGUCAAGGGAUCAUGGAACGCUUCGAGAGUGAUCGAGGACGAUCCCAUCCUUACGACGUUUGGAACCGAGGUCGGGGUGCACGUGGAGAGCAUGGGGAAGUACUCGUUCCAGAAGGCGUUCCGGUUACGGGAGGAGGAGAAGACGUUUCCUCUCCACACGGCCAUCAUCUCUGUCGACGAGGGAGAGGUGACCGGUAUCUCGUGGGACGACGGGUGCCACUUCUGCGGCUCUUCGCAGUGCGAGGACAACACGUACGACUACACGGGACAGCUCAUAGGCGGCGAAGGCAAUGGCCAAGACUGCUACUGGCCCGACUCGGAUUGCCUCCAGGACGGGGUUGAAGAUCAAGUGAGCGCCCUGUGCCAGCUGACAGUCUAUGUGGUGUGGACAGGGACCGACUCGAAGGGGAACUUCUUCACCAGUUUCGCGAAACGGCUGUCUAUGUAUGCGGGGGAGACGGUGGAGGGUUUGAUCAGCGAUGCGGGAGAUACGUACGAGGACACGAUCGUGCCUGCUGUUGGGUAGGGGUAGACCGAGAGCUAGAUUGAUUUUCGGAUGCACGAUUUCUGUGAUGAUGUCAUCGGUCCCGUGAUGUGUGUGUUUCUUUUCCAAAGCCUCUGCUGUGUUGCGGACGUGAAGCACGCUCUUCGAACACGAGAAAACGCGAAUGGGAACCAACCCUCCUUUGUUAUUUUCUCUCGUUUCUCUCGUUUUUCUGGUGGCGAACGAGAACUCUCGCCGGGGGGGUGUACACAGCGUGAGCGUCGUUGUGUGAUACUGCUGUUGUUGGUGUAGUUAUUGUUGAUGUGUGGUACUUUUGUGUCCUUUGGCGUUUCGAGACGAUGCAAGAUUUUUUGCUGGCGGUUUCUUUCGAAGGCAACACAUACAGGCGUACCCGAGGCACUACAACGUGUGGUGUCUUCAGUAUUUAUUUGAUUUUCCAGCUGACCAACGCGCCCGGUGUCUCUAUCCCCCGCGCCUUCCAGACUGGGCUUUUCUUUUUUGUUGUUGUGGUGUUCCUCUUUUUCAUUGACGCGCCCCAGUCUUUAUUUUCCGUGUUAGAUGGCCAACGUCAUCCGUAGGCUUUGUUGGGUCUCUACCUGUUGUCGGCCGGCUUCUCAUUCCUGUUGCGAUAUUUUUUUUUGUGUGGCGUGGGAGUAAGGGCGCAAGCCGCUGUCAAUCACCGUGGAAGCACGCAAAUACGGCCUGUUUCGCGUGCCGUUUUGAGAGGGAAAUGUAGCCAAAUCAGCCGACAUGAUUGUCUUUUUCUUGGGAUGUGAUGCUUUCUCUUUACGUCCAUUGUUGUAAUAUUAGAGUACUGUAGUACCAUAGUCAGCCUUGUCUACUUCAGUUUUAACAGGUGCUCUCGAGGCCCGUUUGUUGUUGGG